CCAGGAACGCCUACUUCUGACCAGAAUCGCUCGAGCAACUUGCCGUCUCGAGUACUGACAUGUCACAUCCUGCGACAACGGCAGGUAUCAGUAUCAACAAUUAUCCUCGUUAUCCUUACAAUGGGCGGCGACUUUGGAGAUGAUGUCUCGGCUUUGGUCAGUAUGUAUUCGAGAUGUCUCACACUAUUGAAAGCAUUCAAGGGCGGUCAAGCCAGGACGGGCUCCGGUGACGGGCAUGGGAAUGGGAAGGGGGAUCCAGACCUCUCAAAGGACUACUCGCGUCUGCGCAGAUCAGUUCGAUCUGACCGAGACCAAGUACGGCGAGCCUAUUCGUCGAGACUUUACAAGAAUGGAUCACGUCUAGAAAAGGGCGACUCUCGCUCGAGGUCUGCGAUCCGACGCAUUCUCGACAGGUUAAAAGUGGCCAUUCUCAAGCUGCUAAAUAUGGCCAAGACGCAACAACGGCCCGUUAUGGACUACCAGUCCUUGUUGUCCUUGUCUACCUCGUCACGCGUCCAUGCCAUCAAGACCAUGGACCAGCUCUCGCGCAGGCUGAGUAGCUCCUCGAGUCUGUUGCGCGAAAACCGCCGCCCCAUCAGCAGCAAGAGUAGCAAGAGCAGCAACAAAAGCACUAGGCGACACAGCAGUCACCAUCACUCACCCCCACGGGCACCCAAGACAACCAGGGAAUCAAAGCAAAGCCCACUGGCCUCGACAGUGGAAGCCUAUCCUGAGGCUGCACGGCAUGCAGCCUCACCAUCCACCAAUACACGCCGCAAAACGGCCAGAUCGAAGAUGCGGCGUGAAGAGGCCAAGACAACGGCAAAGACUAGGAAAGCUGAGGGACCUACUCAUAGUCACAGUGAAAACAGCCCAGCCACGGCUUCACCUGCCAUGCCCAUGGACGACCCCAAUCGCAUCUCCUUCGUGUCGAUAUCGUCAGACAGCACCAAACUCGGCGAAAUACCAUAUCAACGGUCACGUUUGAUGCGACUACCAGACACUGUGUCUGACGAAUACGAUGUGCAGCCCAUAUACCCCCUGCGUCCGUACCGAACUCCGCCCAAGGAGAGGAGCUUUCUGCGACGACUAUUUGGAAACCGUGAGAAGGACUAACAUAGUGUCAGCAGCCAUCCCCCAGGCAUGGCCCCAAAUGUGACUUUCACUCCCCUGCAUCAUUGGAUAAACCUUGCGUAAUCACACUACCAGUGCUUACUUAUAUAUAUAUAUAUAACCAUA